AUGAGCCUCGUUGAGUCAGACUUCUCGGAAGAUGAGCAAGAGAUGGAAGAUGAGACAGACGAGAGAUGUCUGGAGAAAUUCAACAGAUUUGAGAGUGAGAGUGAAGCUGAAGAGGCCAAGCCCAAGAAGAGGACAAGGCCAGUGAGGUCCAAGGCCAGAAGGGUAGCAGCCAAUGUCAGAGAAAGGAAGAGGAUCCUGGACUACAACCAAGCAUUUAAUGCACUGCGACUGACCCUUAAACAUGAUUUGAGUGGCAAGCGGCUAUCCAAGAUAGCAACACUGAAGCGAGCCAUCACUAGAAUAUCUACGCUAUCCAAGUACCUGCACUCAAACUCUCCACAGAAAUGGGCCUGCGGUCAUACAGAGUGCCACAUACAGCAUGAUGGACACAGGCAGCCAGAGGUCAGUGACAACAAUUCCCAGGCCUACUCAGUGCCAUCACAGACUCAACAAGAUGUACCUUUAAAUCCCAGCUAUGUGGCGGCUACACAUCUUCAGCUUGGUCACUCUCCUUACUACACUAGACAGUCACCAGAUGGUCCCUAUUUGCAGUGCCAAUUUGGAAGUCCAACAGAGGACAGCUCAAUGCCAGGCACACCUUAUUAUAGACAUGGAAAUUACAGCAUUGGCACCUGCUACCCGAAUCACAUGGACAAUCUAACAGAGCAUGCUCAUGGACCAUUUACUUGGCAGUUUGGAUGCUUACAGGGAUCAAGCUACCAACAUUCACUUACCAUGCACUAA